UGAUCGUAUGGUUAGGGAUUAACGCUUUUCGCUGCGGUCGACUUAGUUCGGUUUCCCGUUUGAUUCACGGAGAAAAGUUCGCUAAAAUCGAUCUGUCAACGAUGACAAUCGGCGUUCGAAAUUUUUAAGCGCGAAAGCGUCGUUUACUUGUCAGUGACAGUGACGAUUGACAUCGCGAGAAUCGAUAUCGACAUUCGUAAAAUUCGGAACGUUGUUUCACAACUUGUGUACGAAUUCGCGCGACUCAUCGAUCGAUGCGCGCGUUUUAUUAUCGAUCACGAGACGCAAAAGUUUAGUCGUUGAAUUGUCGGGCGAAAACGGUACUUCGAUUGUGGUCCAGCCAGUUUGUCAAGCCCCUUUGUCCACGACGUGUCUACUUGUCAAUCAAUCGCUUUAUCGACGGUGAUUAUCGAUGCGGAAGCUGUAACGAGAAUCGCUUCCUCGAAUUCGCGGGAUGAAAAUUCACUAAAGAUGACUCUACUUUGAGAUCCAUCGAGUAUGGCUUCUACAAUGGGAUUGCAGCAGCAGGCUGCAUCCCAGGAUACGGUGGAUUUUGCUGGUUAUUUGCAAUCUACACAAUGCCAUCAUGGAAAUCAGGCGGAAGGACAGGUGCAAGGUUGUCAAAAAUCACCGCAUCGAGAGCAUAACAGCAGCUUCACCAGCACGAAAGGCCUCCUCAAUGGGCCCGGACAGAACAAUUGUUUCCUCAACAGUGCCGUACAAGUUUUAUGGCACCUUGAUAUUUUUCGACGGAGUUUCAGAGAACUUUCCGGACAUGCUUGCAUGCGAGAAUCUUGCAUCUUUUGCGCACUCAAGGACUUGUUUUCGCAGCUGCAGUUUUCGCAAGAGAGCGCUUUGCCGCCCGACACGUUGCGCCGCGCGCUUGCCGAGAGUUUUCUUGAUCAGCAGAGAUUUCAGCUGGGUUUCAUGGACGACGCGGCGGAAUGUUUCGAAAACAUUCUCUUACGUAUACAUCUCCAUAUUGCAAGCGGCGAGGCUGAAGAUAUGUGCAGUGCGAGACAUUGUGUGCCACAUCAAAAGUUUGCCAUGACGCUCGUCGAGCAAAGCGUCUGUGGAGCUUGCGGCGCGACGUCGGAGCCGCUACCUUUUACACAGAUGGUUCAUUAUGUGUCUGCAUCAGCGUUAACAUCUCAGGCUCAUCAAACAUCACUGAAUUCUAGAAAUAGUCCAGAUCUUUUUGGACAACUUCUUCGAAAAGCAGGCGGAAUGGGUGAUAUUCGAGACUGUCCGAGUUCUUGCGGUGCAAAAAUUCAAAUAUGUCGGACUCUAAUGAAUCGACCGGAAAUAGUCUCUGUCGGUGUCGUCUGGGAUAGUGAACGACCGUCGUUGGAGCAUAUCAUGGAUGUCUUCGCGACCGUGGGCACGUCCCUUCGACUUAGCGACGUCUUCCAUAGUGUGGUAGACUCUCGAUGGGGUGCCUCUACCGUGCAUAAUCUCGUAGGAGUGGUUACCUAUUAUGGGAAACAUUAUUCUACCUUUUUCUUUCAUACAAAAUUAAAGGUUUGGAUCUAUUUCGAUGACGCCACUGUCAAAGAAAUUGGACCUCGAUGGGAGCAAGUCGUGGAAAAAUGUAGGAGAGGUCGUUAUCAACCUUUACUACUCUUAUAUGCGACGCCCGCCGGUACUCCAGUUAAUACAGAGAAUGCUCCAAAGACUGUUAUCCCUUUUCCGAAUAGUAAUGGUUUAAAGACGUCCCCAAAGAAUAGCGUUCGCCGUUCGAUUACACCUAGUCCUGAAAAGCCAUCCAUCAACAGCACUGCCAGACGUGCCAUCACACCCAAUCCCGACAGUCCGCCCCAUCUCUACACUCAACGAAGCAUUUACAGUGACUAUCAGAAUCUCACAGACAUCCAGAAUAAUAUAUUUGGCAACCAGAACGUGGAUACGGUUGAUGGCGAAAUAGAAUCGAAAUAUAUUAGUCGUCGCGCCGUGGAAACUGUAAUGCAACAACAGAAGAAACAACAGAUGCAAUUGACACGUAGUUUAAGCGUGGGAUCGACUCCGCAAGACGGUAUCAGCAUCCCUGACCAUAUGAAUGUGCCUCGAAGACGGGAUUCCGGCAAUUGGUCCGGUGAUCGAAACAGCGCAUCAUCGAGUUCGUCAACCACGAUGGACAAUACAUAUUUAUAUAUUGUUAAUAAAAUGCAAAGGAACUCAAACGUACCCAAAAGUCCUAUUAAAUCUGGAGAACUCUCGAGCAGCAGCAGCGGCCAUUACGAUGCUGGCUACGACUCGUAUUCUUUGUCCUCUACGGACAGUCUUCCACUUCAGCAAGGUCUAAAACAUAAUUUACAGCUUGCUCAAAUACCAGAAGGUUAUCAACCUUCUUCCGGCGAUGAUUGCGAACGGUUGUGCAAGGAGACGGACGCGUUGCUGGAUAAAUCCCGUGCCGCCGAAGAUGCUGGCGAUCUUAACACUGCCGUAGCAUUGUGUAAUGCGGCCAGCAGUAAAGCCAGAGCCGCGAUGGACGCACCGUAUAAUAAUCCUCACACGAUUACGAUAGCAAGAAUGAAACAUAAUACUUGCGUCAUGAGAACGAGAAGUUUGCACAGGAGAAUGUUACAAGAACAAGUGGCUGUUAAUGGUGACAAAGAAGAAGGGAUGCCUGAAGGAAGACACUCUCGAGAAAAUAGUAAAUCAAGUCAACAUUCGAGACAGAGUUCGCGAGACAAAGGUAAUCACUCUCGGCAAAAUAGUCGAGAGCUCCUAGUGAACACACCAGCGACGGUGGAUAAACCUACCACGAAGAGUAUCGAGAUAUAUGCUACUUUACCGAAGAAGAAGACUCUACGAAGUAAAGCAACGGCAGUCAAUGUUAUCGAAGACGAGGAAUACAUGCUUUAUGAUCGCCCAACACAAAGGACUGGUUUGUUUAGUCGUACGAAACGCUGCGACGACGAUAAGAAGGAUAAGAAACGCGCGAGAAGCGAAGAGAGAAACAAGAAUGUCUCGAAAGAUUUUUCGAUUGCACCGUCUCGAUUAUCACCGUCUCCGAAAGGAAUAAAAAUUGAAAAACCGAAGGAAGUCAUUGAAACUAAUACAACUAUCAGGAGUACGCAGCUUAACAAUACAACUGCAGUAGAGCAAAAACAAGGUAAGAAACAGCAUAAGAUACGCAGAAAAUUGCUCAUGGGCGGUUUGAUCAAGAGAAAAAAUAGAAGUAUGCCAGAUUUACGAGAAGGACAGGAUGGCCAGGUGAAUGUGAACCCAGAAGGAUCUUCUAAUACUUUACCAAAACAGUCAUUGGAUGAUUCCAGUGUUGGUUUAAAAGGCAACGAUGUAAACCAGUCAUUAAGCGGUUAUUUAUCAGAGGGACAUCUGGAAUUUGCUGGAAACGGUGGAUCUGGAAAUACGAGCAAUCCGAAUCUCGAGAGAAGUCGUCUGAUGAGAAAGAGCUUCCAUGGCAACGCCGGUAAAGUGUUACAUGUUGCAAAAGUGCCUCCACCUCCUCCGCUCAGGACCACUUCUCAACUUAGCAAAUCUAAAUGUUCGGGCGAAAUGCACAACGAGCAACAAUCCGACAAAGUUGUAUAUCCUUUGCCGGAUGGUCGAUGCGCGCCUAAUUCGUCGCAGGAUCAGAACAAUGCUUAUUGGAAUCACAUAAAUACGAGCAACUCAUCAAAUGUGGCAAACAGAAAAUCAGAUUAUGCUGAUUACUCCUCGGAAUCUCAUUCUCUUCCGUUCAUACCGUCCUAUAAUGAGCAGAGCAAUAAUAAUUCCGGGACGUGUCAACCAAGCUAUAAUAAUAAACCUAGAAUUCAGGAUGACGUUGUGCAAUAUGCUAACGGCAUACUUUAUGAACCGACUUUCGUCGUUACUCGUGCGGACGUACACAAUGAGCAGAGUUCAGUUAAGCAACAAUUUCAACCGGACUCUUUGCCGCCCUAUCCCGAGAACAGUAAUAUAUCGCAUUCGCGGCAACCGAGUGAAGAUUUUCCACCACCGCCAUAUCCAUCGAUCCAUUCGGUGUCGCAUUCGAGACAAGCUAGCGAGGAUUUUCCGCCGCCACCUCCACCGAUCGAGGAGCCAAUUCCUCUUCAAGAAACUCAACAACAUCAAAUUUCUGCUCAACAACGUGCGCAACAAUAUGAAGCACAACAAAUUAGCAACUUGUUAACGCAGUUACAAAGUAAGAGAGAGCAAAUAUUGACUGACUGUUCAAAUGAAGAGAAACGACCAGAAGAGCACGAGGACGAAGAAAAAUCAUCGAGCGAAACAUGGUUGAGAGAAUUGCAAGCUAAACAGGCGGAGAGGAAAAUGAAGAGGCAAGGAUCUUUAAAUCAAGACAUUCCAAAAGUGAGGACUCCGUCGAUGCCGACGAUUCAAGGACCGACUAUCGCUAGGAGAACCAGCGAUUUAAUGAUGAACAAUCUCGGACAGGGAUACGAUCAGGGUCGUGAUGUUACGGAUUGCCCGAGAGUCGUUUCUUCGGUGAAAGAUAUGGCUGCUAGGUUUGAACAGAUUAAGCUGCAACCGACAGCGAAGUCAGAAGCAGACGUGAAACCUCAAUCGAAGAAUGUGAAUUGUGUUUCUCCAAUACUAGUAUCGAAUAUGCCUCAAGAGACAUCAUCGAUGGAAGGAACGAAAUCGGUUAACAAAUUAUCCUCCGAGAAUUCUGUAGUCUUUACGAAGACGGAAACUCCAAGUUCUCAAGCUGUUUUGAAAUCUAAUUUUGAUUCGAAUUCCAACCAGAACGCUUUUGCUGCGAUGCCACCGAACAAUACCAACGUUCAACAGAGCGAAUUAAAUGCCGCGAUAUUAUCCAUGUCCUUGACCCUGCCACACGAGAACGGUUUGCCCACUGAUAGUCCGGAAGACGAUAUCAGCGAAGUGGCGAUGCAGAACACUAUACAGAACACAACGAUAUUGCCAAGCGAAGAGGACAUUGCCCCGAGAAAGGUGAAACGACGGAUAGGGAAGAAGAAAAGCGUAUCAUUCUGCGAUCAGGUAGUGCUGGUUGCAACAGCGGAGGACGACGAAAAGGACUCGUAUAUACCUAAUCCUAUUUUGGAGAGAGUUUUACGCUCUGCCAUGAACAAACCUGAAACUGCUCAGGUGCUGCGAGAAAUCAGAAGCCUUCAAGAAGCGGAGACGAAUCGUGAAAAUACUGUCGCGAAAUUUCAACAACAGACUCUUCCUUUAAAGAGUGAAGCUGAUAGCAUACCAGCGACACCUUUCCAGGAUCAGCUGAGAAGCAUUAAUCCAAUUCUAGAUACUAUUAAACCCACAUUUGGACGGCAGAAUUCAAGCGAUUCCGUUGGAUUAUUAACGGAUAAGAAGUCUUGUGGGAAUGAAAGCAAAGACGUCGUCGAUGGUAGAGAGACAUAUGCUGGUAUUCCUGUCAACACUUCGAAAACUUCUACGUCCUAUUCACCGCAACAGAAUAUCAGAUACACCCAGAACGCAUACACGCAAUAUUUACAGUCGAUGUAUCCGCAGACUCAAGCACCCCAUCUGAGAACUCAAAUGAUUCCUUUAUCUCAAACCCAAAAACCAGCCAGUCCUUAUCCCACGCAGAUGCACGGACAGUACAUACAAAAUAGUAUGCAGCAGACGAAGGUAUUAUCCCAGAAAAAUGGUUAUGGAACGUAUUAUCAACUGGAGCAGCAGCAUAAUCAGAUAAACAAGCAGGCGAGCGUUCAAUCGCAACAGAACACUCUGAAUCAAAGGAUAUCGUCUCACAACGCCAGCCCGAUAACCGUUCAGCAUUCGCAGCAACAGUUUUCGUAUCCGCCUAAUCAAUCGCCGAGUCCAUAUCAAAGUCAAUACUCUCAAAGUUCCUAUCAGGGUCAUCCGUAUCAAGCCGUUCUUCUGCAGAAUAGAGCGGGUCAACCAUUACCCCAGUAUCAGUCAUCGUCUAGUUCACCUGCGUUUUAUCAGCAUCAAUUGCAACAACAAAACGCACAGAAUUAUCAGCAGAGACAUGAUAAUUAUCAGCGGCAAUUAGCUCCUCAGAAAAUAGAUCAACAAAAUUCCGUGAUGCCUAAUCAGACGUACCCCAAGACCCUGCAGAACGGUCAGAUACAGCCGAAUGUAAAAUAUCCGGCCUAUCAACAUCCUCCACUUUCCAAGCAGAUGCAUUUUGCAAUGUCUACCGCGAAAGUCGUACCCAUGAUGACGCAGCCGAUAGUAACGCAGUCUUCUUUACAAGCAUCGACGACCACUGUAAGAGCAUGCGUGACACCCUGUAAUCUCUGUCGGAAGAGAAAUGUGCUUGAGCCAACGCUUUAUUGCACGGACUGCGACUUUUACAUGUCUCGUUUCCGACCGGCUAACAAAACCACUUGAACCGUUUCUCAUUAAUUAGAAUUAAAAAAGCGUCUUCUUUGAUGAAGGAAUAGCGUCAUCUUCUUGUAGAAAUUUAAUUAAUUACUGCGUUAAUAAAAAUAGUUAUUAAUGUUCACAAAAGUCCAAAACGUUUACAUUUUUUAUAGCACACACACACACAUACACACAGAAUUGUAUCACAAUUUAAAUAAUUUAGUUACAAUCGCAACAAAUAUAAUAAAAAUUAAGAUUAUAAUGAAAAUUAAGAGUGUAAUAUUCAUGCCUCGCGUGUUUAAAAUCUUUUGCAUACAAUUCACCGAUUCUUUAAGUAACUUACACGUAAAAUUAAAUAUUAUUCCAUACCAUAAAUAGUAAUAAUUUUUAUUAAUUUACGAAUAAUAACUUUCGAUGAAGUAGACAUAGAUAUUAUUGACAUUGUAUAAAUAUUAAAAUUGAUUCUUUCAAUCAGAGACCCUCAUCGUGCAGCUAUUAUUUACACGUGCAGCUAUUAUGUACAAUAUUUUCGAUAAUUUUAUUUUUAUAAUUUACAUUAGACAUAGAAACAGAUUGUACUUAAUACUACAUUAUUUUAGGCAUAUUAUAAUGCUUGUUGAAGAUUAUUACUAUGCGCAGGCUUUAACAUAAUUUUUAAAUACGUCCAUUAUAUGUUUAUAUUAUAUACAAUAACGAAUUUAAUCAUUUAUAUUAUUGAGGCGUUCAUGUUUGCAUUAUUUCCAGUUGUAUAUAGGUAAAUUUCAUAUCAUGCUUCUUAAAAUCAGCGAAACCAAUAACUCCACUUUAUAAGUUAUACAAUAAUUCAUUUUAUAAGUUAUAGUUGAGCGAACUCCGUAUUUUUGUAUACUUGUAUGUUCUUUGUGCAAAUUGUAUUUUAUUGAAAAGAUGUGGAUAAUUGUGAAAUUGUGAUACUAGCCAUGCUACAUAUGAAACUUAUCUCGUUAAGAUAGAAAAUAUAUUACAGAUUACAAGAGAAGAACUAAAUAAGUAGCAGGUGAAACUUGAUCUCUCAGAAUGCGUGGAGUUUAUUUUACGUUAAUAAUUCAAAGUUACAUCUUCUUAUGUAUUAACAUAUAUCAUGUUACAUUGUAUCACUUUCCAAGUGUUAGUUAAAUGUACAAAUGUCUGAUUUUAUACUUUUUAUAUAUGAGUAUUUUGUUUUAAAAAU